AUGAAAAGGAUAAAACGGAAAAAGCAACAUGAGAUUGAUAGAAUUGUCGAACUGAUUAAACAGAUUCGCGAGAAAUUCAGCGAAAUUGAUAGUUUGAUCGAUAUAGGAGCAGGAGUUGGACAUUUAUCUCGAGUUGUUGCGAUGAAUCUUGAUCUAGCCGUAAUGGCCGUAGAUGGAGAUGAGCAGUUCACAAUUGCUGCGCAUUCAUUAGAUGAGACGGUUAUAGGGCAAUCAUUAAGAAACAUAAAUUGCCCAAUAAGAUUUACUAGCUUCGUAACUGAUGACUUAGCAGCGAAAAUCGAUGAAUUCAGCCAAAAUGAAGCUAUUCUCGUUGGUCUUCACACUUGCGGUGAUUUUUCGACUACAAUUUUGAAUAUUUUUUGUAAAAGCCGAAAAGCAAAAAGUCUUAUUCUUCUCGGCUGCUGCUAUCAUAAGCAGUUUCAAUGUUUUCAUUUUUGUCAGCCUGGCGCCCAAGUAUCGCAGAAUAAUGACCUCAAUUCAAUUGGAUUAUUUCCAUUGAGCAAAAAAUGGAAAGGAGUUGAACUGGGAUAUGUUGCCAGGGAAAUGUCGUGUCACACAAAUGAAAAUUUACGUAUAAUUGUUAGAGACAAACCCAAUUUCACUAGAUAUGCUCGAGCGCAUCUUGAGAAAUGGAUUACAAAAAUAUCGGAUAAUAUUGAUGAUCAAAAUAUUGGAAUGUGUUCGGUUAAUUGCGAUCCGAAAAUGACGAGUUUUGAAGAAUACAUUAAACGAGCUUCUGCGAAACGAGGCGAACAUCUAACUGAACGCAUUUUAAACAAAAUCAGAGAAGACUAUGCAAAACUAUUGAAAACCUCACUUUAUGAUCUCCCAUGCGAAUAUUAUGAUGUUACGGAUACAAUUCGAAUGAUAUUUGCGCCUUUAAUAGAAACAUGUAUUAUUGAUGAUCGUGUGGAAUUCUUACGCGAACACGGGUAUACGGAAGUGUGGGUGAAUUCACGGAUGAGCAUCAAAUUCCCGUUUGAGCCGUAUGAGUGCCAGAAAGUUUUCAUGAAAAAUGUGAUUGAUGUUCUGGACGCGAAAAUGGAUGCCGCUCUGGAGAGUCCGACGGGAACUGGAAAAACCCUUUCGCUGCUGUGUGCGACAUUGGCUUGGGUUCAAAAACAAAAAGAAUUGAAACCGAUUGAUUUUUCGAUGAUGCAGUCAACUUCUGUGGAUUCUGCGCCUUGUCUCGAAAAAUUGAAGAAUUCAUUUGUGCCCACCAUUUAUUACGCAUCUCGUACUCACUCACAAUUGGAACAAGUUGUUCAUGAACUUAACAGAACCGAAUACAAAUGGGUUAAAACUGCAAUUUUGGGAUCUCGCGAACAUUUUUGUAUUCAUCCAAAGGUGAAAAAGAUCGCCGAAUCGAAUAGACAAUCCCAUGUUUGUCGUGGAAUGGUCUCUAAACGAACUUGUCAUUAUUAUAAUACAUACGAAAAAACUACCGAGGAAAAAAUGGGCGAAAUGUUGGAUAAAGGAGAAGCAAUGGAUAUUGAGGAUUUUGUGAAAGUUGGACAAACUCAUUCAAGUUGCCCGUAUUUUAUGAGUCGCAAACGAGCCGAAACCGCUGAACUCGUUCUUUUACCAUAUAAUUAUGUGAUUGAUCCGAAAAUGAGGAGACGAUAUAAGCUGGAUUUGAAAAAUUCAAUUGUGAUUUUCGAUGAAGCUCAUAAUUUGGAAUCGAUUUGCGAAGCGAAUGCUUCUGCUGAAAUAACGUCGAAAGAUGUCGCGAUGUGUAUUGAAGAGCUCAAAAAGGUUUUGGCCUUAUUAGUCGAAGAAGAGGAAGAAGCUCGAAUGGAAGGAGAUAGCUCUACGCAGGCAUUUGGAACAAUGAAAAUGGAUUUGGCAAAGAAAUUGAUCGAAAAUCUUAGAACCGAAGAUUUGAUGGCGGUUCUUGAAAAGAUGUUCAAAUUGGAGGAAGAAUUCGAAAAAGCAUGGAAAAAUGAAAAUUUCAAAUCAAUUCCGAAUCUUGAUGGAAAAGCGAGCGAUGGCGAAGCGAUUUUGGCAAUAUUUGAACGAGUUGGUCUUGAUGGAAAUUCAAUUGAAAGAGUUGUUGAUAUUCUGAGAGAUGCCACUUCAUAUCUUCUAUCAAAAGGCGAAGACGUUCCACUUACUGAAAAAGGCGAUGGAAUGGAAAAAGUUUGUGAUUUCAUCCUUUCAAUUUUUUCUACUCAUGCUCAAGAUGUUGCUGCAGCUGUUGGAGAUUCAGAUAUUAAGCUUGCUGAUCGUGUUGAUCCUCGAAUUGUUGCUAGAAAUUGCAAACUUUAUUUGAAAAAAGAUAAAAUUUUAAACUUGCAGCUUCAUAUCAAAUAUUUUUGCUUUCAAGCUUCGAUCUCAAUGAGAAUGCUAAAAAUGCGUGGUGUUCGGAAUGUUCUUCUCGCCAGUGGAACAUUAUCUCCUAUUCAAAGUUUCACUUUCAACAUGGGAUUAAACUUCGGAGCAAUUUUAGAAAAUGAGCAUGCUCUGAAAACCGUUCCAGUCGUCACAUCAGUUGUUAUGAAAGGCUACAGGAACAACAUUACGGGCUCAUAUGCCAAUCGAUCGAACUCCGAUUAUAUUGCCGACGUUGCCGAAUCCUUGAUCCGCGUUCUCGACGAGACGCCACAAGGCGUCAUCGUCUUCUUCGCGUCGUACGCUCAAAUGCAAGAUUUGACGAAUUCGUGGAAGUCGAUGAAACGAGCCAACAAUUCGGAGACAUUUUGGGAGAAAAUGACAAAAUCGAAGGAUGUUGUCGUCGAGCCAAGAGCAAAGGAUGAGUUGGUCGCGGUCAGAGCGAAAUAUGUGAAUGGUGUGCGAAAUUCGAAAGGAGCCGCCUUGUUCGCUGUUUGUCGUGGAAAAGUUAGUGAAGGAAUUGAUUUUUGUGAUGCCGAAUCUCGGGCCGUCGUCAUUAUCGGCAUUCCUUAUCCACCAAUAAACGACGAGCGAGUUGUUCUCAAAAAAAUGUUCCUCGAAGACAUUAAAUUCAACGACAACAACAAGCAAAGUGAGCGUCAAUCAUCUCGCGAUUGGUACCAGAUGGAAGCGUUUCGAGCGGUGAAUCAGGCAAUUGGCAGAGUUUUGCGACACAAGGAUGAUUUUGGAGCAGUUGUGCUAAUCGACUCGAGAUAUGCUUCGGCAAAAUUGGAAAUGUUCCCCAAAUGGCUGAGAAAUACGAUUUCGCGUGGCGAUACGAAUGAUUGUUCGGCUAGAAUAUCGAGAAGUUCGUCGAGAAAUAUUCCCCAAAUUUCUCUUAACGAGCUUUUUGGAAAUGAAUCGAUACCGGAAGUCAAAGAAGAACAAGUUGAAAAUGUUGAACCGAUUCCUACGAUUGCCGGCGGAUUUCGCCUCCCUACUAACGAAGUGGAAGUCAAUCGAAAAAGAGCUCUUCCUGAGUUUGAACCAAUGUUCCAAUUAGCUGCACGACCAUCUUCGUCAAAAAUUGAUAGCGUGAAGAAUGAGACAAUACGACCACCGCCGAACAAAAAGAAACUCGUUCUUGUGGGAAAAAUCAAUAAUGUUUUACCUGAUAAUUAUCAGAAAGCACUGCAGAUUCGUACUUCUGAUAUAAUUAACGCAAUGAGUGAAGAGAACAAAAGAAACUUUGCAAAAGCUUUGAAGGCCUAUAAAACGCAGCAAAAAACAUGGAAAAUGAAUGGGAUGAGCCGAAUUGACGAGGAUGACGACUCAAUACUGGAAUCCACUUCUAUUGGAUGUUCGCCGUUGACGAGAAGAAAACGAAAAUCGGUGCUCGUCGACAAACCGCAAUCGCCACGAAAAUCGCAGCCGUUUCGCUUUCGUCGUCUCCUCGACUCAUUCGCAUUCACAAGGACCAUUCGCAACGCCGACGAGAAUGAAGAUGUUGCCGAAGAGGCGCAUCCGAUUCCAACAAAUGAUACCGACGUCGUCACAUUGCUUCUAGAAGUGCGAUUGAAUCGUGGAGAAGAACUUCCUGUCAAAGACGCUUCUGGAAGUAGCGAUCCUUAUGUCAAAUUUCGGUACAAGGAGGCAAUUGUCUACAAAUCGAACACGAUUUUCAAGAAUCUGAAUCCGUGUUGGGAUGAGGACUUUCAAAUGAUUGUCGAUGAUGUGACAAGUCCACUCAAGAUCGAAGUUUUCGAUUUUGAUCGGUUCUGUACCGAUGAUUUUAUGGGAAGUGCUGAAGUGGAAUUAGAGAAGAUUAAAUGGAGCACACCGACAGAGCUUGUACUCAACCUCGUAGAUGAGUCCUUAAUGCCAGCUGGGAGGGUCUCAUUAUGUGUCACGUUGACACCAAUGACCCAACAGGAAGUGCAACUGUUUGCCGCGAAGUCAUCUCGAUCGACGAAUGAGAAAAGGAAAGAAAGGACGAAUGAGCAGAAGGAAUGGAGCAAGAAUGUGAAUUUGGUGCUUGUCGAAGGCGAUGGUGUCAGAAUUGAUGAGACGAAAAGUCCUGAUGCGUUCUGUAAAUUCAAAUUAGGAAUGGAAAAGUACAAAACAAAGGUCUGCUCAGCUAGUUCAGAGCCCAAGUGGGUUGAGCAAUUCGAUAUGCACAUUUUCGACACCUCUGAUCAGAUUCUUCAAAUUGUUUGCAUUGAUAGAUCAUCGAAUACAGUCAUUGGAAGAUUGUCAAUCGACAUUGAUGGACUUCCGUUCGAUGAAACUGUUCAAGAAUGGUACCCAUUAGAAGGAAGCGCGAAUGCUAAAAUUCACUUACUAAUAACCGUAUCAAGCUCGAAAAAUUUGGCGACAGAAAUCGAAACGGAUGAGUUUAAUCACAAUGAUGUUCGAAAUGCGAGAAUUGCCAAAUAUGACAUUUUCAAUUCGUUUGCUGAUAUCUCCGAUAUUGGAGUCUUGACAGUCAAAGUCUUCUGUGCUGAAGAUCUCGUCGCCAAAGACUUUGGUGGGAAAAGUGACCCAUUUGUGGUGGUGGAAUUGGUGAAUACAAGAGUGCAAACACACACAGUAUACAAGACAUUGAAUCCGCAUUGGAACAAAAUAUUUAGUUUCGCAGUCAAAGAUAUUCACACCUGCUUGGUGCUCACCGUUUAUGAUGAGGAUCCCAACAAUCGAUUUGAAUUUCUAGGACGAGUCUCAAUUCCAUUGAUAUCGAUACGAAAUUGCGAACGUCGAUGGUAUGCGUUGAAAGAUGAGAAAUUGCGAAAACGCGUGAAAGGCGACAUUUUGCUCGAAAUGGAUUUGAUAUGGAAUCCGAUUCGUGCUGCGAUUCGAACAUUCAAGCCGAAAGAGACCAAAUACAUCGCGCAGGAGCAGAAAUUCAAAGCUUCGCUGUUUCGAGCCACCGUCAUGGAAUUAAAGGAUUUUGCACUAAGCAUUCUGAGCAUCACAGAGACAAUUGGAUACCUUUUGUCAUGGCAAUCAAAACCGAAAUCAGCGGCCGCUUUUGUGUUUUUCGUGUUGUUCGUCUAUUUCUUCGAGAUCUACUUUCUUCCACUGAUUAUCCUUUUCAUUUUUGCGAUGAACUUCAUAAAGAGAAAAUCAAGUGACGAGAAUAUCAAUAGAUUAUCGGCUCGAUCGAAAAGUGAAGACGAAGAUGAUAAGAGCUCAAGCAUUCGGGAUACGAUAUUCUCAGUUCAAGAAACUCUCGUUGUCGUUCAAAAUUCGCUGGUAUUCGUUAACCAGCUAAUCGAAAGAGUCCAACACACAUUCAAUUUCACCAAUAUGUGGCUCUCGACUCUCGCCGUUGUCGUGCUCAUUCUCGCGUUUAUCCUUUUAUACUUUGUUCCUCUUCGCUGGAUUAUCCUCAUUUGGGGAAUCAACAAGUUUUCCAAGAAAUUGCGGAAUCCCAAUUUCGUCGACAACAACGAAAUAUUGGAUUUCCUCUCGAGAGUUCCGUGCCGAAAUGAUUUGCAAGAACAAUCGAAUCAACGAGUCAUGCGACCAAUCAAUCUGUGA